AGCUCAGGAAAGACAUCUGAGCCCUCUCUUCCCAUAGAAGAUUCCCAGGACCUGUAUAAUGCCUCUCCUGAGCCCAAGAGUUUAUUUCCAGGGGCUGGGGAGUCACAGUUUCAAUUUUCUCUGGAAGAUGACACUCAGAGCCAACUGCUUGAUGCUGAUGGGUUCUUGAACGUUGGACAACAUAGGAAUAAAUACCAGUCCUCAAAGCAUCAGCUGACCCUGGCUAGUAUGGAUGAGAACGCGAUGGACGCCAAUAUGGAUGAACUGCUGGACCUGUGUUCUGGACAGUUUAGCAGUCAGGCUGAACACGUGCCAAGUACCAGCAGCAACAAAAAGCAGAACAUGGAAGAAUUGCUCAGUCUUUGUUCAGGAAAAUUUGUGUCUCAGAGAGAUUCUCCAACAUGGGCAUCUUCAGUUUCUUCCAAGGCAGAAAAAGACAGUGACGUAGAAGAUCCAAUGGCAGAAGCUCUAGCACUUUGUUCAGGCUCCUUUCCCACAGACAGGGAAGAGGAAGGUGAGGAGGAGCAAGAAGAACUUGGUGACUUUCAGCUGUUAACAGACGACAAUGCCUUUGAUAGCGAAGAGGAUGAGAAAAGUAGAGACAGUGAUGCUGAAGAGGAAGAAAUGAAUGAUGAAGAAAUGAAUGAUGAAGAAAUGAAUGAUGAAGACGAAGAACUGCUGAGACAUAGACAGGGUUUGAAGAAAAAACUAAAGCUGCAGGAUUUCAUGGAAGAGGAGGCAGAGCUGUCUGGGAGUGAUGUGGGAAGUGAGGAUGAAUAUGAUGGUGAAGACUUGGAUGAAUACGAAGAAGAGAUUAUUGAUGAGGAGCUCCCUAGUGAAGUGGAAUUAGAAAGUCAAAUACAGAAAGUACACAUGAAGGCGAUGCUUGAUGAUGACAAACGUCAGUUACGCUUGUACCAGGAGAGAUACCUGAUUGAUGGUGACCUGCAUAGCGAUGGCCCUGGCAGGAUGAGGAGAUUCAGAUGGAAAAAUAUAGAUUAUGAUUCACAGAUCGACUUGUUUCAGAGAGAGUCAGAUAAUGAGGAUGAAAAUGAAGAGUUUGAGACAGAAGUGAAAUGGAGGAAAGAGCGAUUUGAACGAGAACAGUGGCUCCGUGAGCAGAAGGAAAAAAAUAAAGAGCAGGAGGAGGAGGAAGAAAUCGGUGAAGACAGCCAAUUCAUGAAACUAGCAAAAAAAGUAACAGCUAAAUCCCUACAGAAGAAAGUGAGCCCAGCAGCAGUGGUACAAGACACAACGCUACUGCCCAGGAACCCCUUUGAAACAUUCAGCCCUGCCAGUGACAUCCAGAUAAAAAAUGGAUCUCUCUUGAACAGACCUAAAGCUGUCCUUCAGAAACUAGCAGCAAUGUCAGAUCUUAAUCCAAACGCACCUCGAAAUUCAAGGAAUUUUGUCUUUCAUACACUUUCCCCUGAGAAAAGUGAAGAGGCAAAGAAGAAAUCAAAACUUGAGGUGAAGAAGAGAGGUCCUACUGCAGUAGUAACAUCUCUGGCCAAACGGCCCAGGGUAGAGAGCACAGAGGAAACAAGUCAAAGCCGAAGCAUAUUCCAGUACUUGGAGAGCUGA